GUAGGAGAUGUAGGCUUCUGCAGGAAAUGGAUGUCACCCAGGAGCGGGGUGAAAACUGUUACUGCUACGUGCAAAACAGAACCAUUCGCUUGCAGUACGUUUGGUCGACCCUGCAGGUGAGAGUUAACAGCAGAGAAAUGUUCAGGUUUGAACCUGUUUCCGAAGAAAGCAACUGUCGUAAUUCAGAAACCGUUUUCGAGUUUGCUGCUUGUGCUAUUCAAAUCUUCUGGAAACCAGAGACCUCUACAGAAACUUCCAUAUGGAUGAAGCAAUAUGGAGAGGAUAUUUGUUUCGUAAUACGGCCCUUCAAAACUGAACCGUACACCGUGAGUGUGAAACGAAGAAUGCUAGAUGGAAUGCUCUUGUUUUUAUUUGUAGCUGGAAUUUUUCUGUUCCAUUUUGCAAACAGCCUGAGCAGGAGUACCAAGAUCUUUUACCUUUCUGGAGUAAUCCUGGGUGUUCUUGCUCUGCUAGUCUUUGUCCUGUUGACAUUUAAAAGGUUUAUUCCAAGGCACAGCACAUUCUGGAUCUUAAUGAGUGGCUGCUGGAUGUCCUCUCUCUAUUUUAUAUACUGCUUCAAAGAGAACAUGCAGUGGUUGUGGUCUGAACACAGAAACUACUUGUUGGGGUAUUUGCUGGCCGUUGGCACGACCAGCUUUGUGGCUUGUUACCAGCACGGCCCGCUUACGGCAGAGCGAAGCAUAACCUUGUUCGCAUGGACGCUGCAGUUAACAGCCUUUGUCCUGAUUUAUUGUGGUGUCACCAUACCCGAGGUUGCGUACGCGGUAAUAGCUGCCAGCCUCUGUUCCAAAGGCCUGCAUUACCCCCUCGGCGCUGCCUGUCGCGUUGGCAGAAAAAUGAAGAAUCGCUUUAAAUCAAGAAAUGUAGUGUUUAAAUACCUCACUGAGGAUGAGUAUCGAGAACAAGGUGAAGCAGAAACUCUGCGAGCUCUGGAGGAGCUGCGCUCGCUCUGCAGGAGCCCUGGCUUCCCGUCGUGGUUAGCUGUGUCCAAACUCCAGGCCCCGCAUAGGUUUGCAGAUUUUGUUCUGGGAUCUCCCCACGUCUUGCCUGCGGAAGCGAAGGUGCAUGACGAGGAAUACGGCAUCGGGAGCUUCUUCCUGGAAGAGCAGCUCUUUGAGAGAAGGGAGGAACCUGAGCAACACGACCCAGCCAGCUUCAUCCACGAAGGAGAUGAGGAGAAAGAAGAUGAAACGCACAGACGAACUGUAUUUCCAUACGCUACCGAGCUGCUCUGA